ACCCAAGCGAUACUUAAAUGCAAUUUACACUAAUGAGCAAAUGUAUUUAGAAUUAAAACUUUGAUCAUAAAAGUUCUUUUGGGAGCUUUUCAAUAGAAAAUUUGUUAAAACGUGAAUAGGGUUUAUUGGUUUCGUGUGAUUUUAUAUAUCGGAUAUGAUGAGGCUAAAUUGUAGAGGAAUUAACGGCGGCUAGGUGAAUAGAUAAGUAAAUACUUAUGUAAAGAUGAUUUCAAACGUUAAAAAAAUUAAGUUGACAGAGCACUUGAAUUAUGUUCUGAUCAUUAUAAGGUAAAAAUUACAGGGCAAAGAUAUUUCAGAUUUCAAGUUUUUCAUUCUCAGGACUUCAGUAAGUAACAGGGGCAGGGUACAUUUCUGAGUGGUUUUGUGUGAUUUUAAAGUUAAUGGAUACAAGUUUUCUUUAAAAACUUAAUUCGAUUUUUAGGAUGUAUUUUAGUACAUAGAAAAUACACACAACAUUUGCUAAUGCGAAAUACGGACUCAACAGGCGGAAUUCGGAGUAAAAGAAUAUGAUGGAUUGUAUUUUCAUUAAGAAACUGUGUAAUGAAACAGAAUAUUCUUGCAUUUGAUACAGCAGUGAUUAACAAUGACAAAGUUUGGUUACCCUCCGAGCGGGGCAUCACGGGAAGCUACACCGAGGUACGGGUCUACUGGACUUCCUGUGCCGAAAAUAGGGUCGCAAUCCGGAUCCGCUGGCAAGGACAACAAAACCACAGGCCAGGGUGGUCAAAGGAAAGCUGAGCGAGACAAAAAGUGGCCACUCAAAGGAUGGGAUGCAGACGUCAAAACAGACGACGGAAUUACUGGCUGGAUGAAAAGGCAGAAUCUUCUGGAAUCCAAAAAAGAUACCAAGAAAAGGUCCCCAAGGUUAGACACAGAAUUUUAUAUUCCUGUUAAACAUAAAUGUCCCGGUAUUGAAGAUCUAGAACUUUUUCAUCGUGAAAGUCUACACCCUGUUUUCCAGCCAAAAACCAAACAAGCUACAAAAGAUCCUGCCACAACUGUUAAACUGAAAUACACAAAUAAAGUAGGAGUUAUCACUCCUGCUGGCUUUGAAGAACGUGAUAUUGAAGAAAACACUGGUGAAGAAUUGACUAUUAACACGCACAGAGAAUCAAAAGCUACUAGCACUGAUGGUCUAUCAGAAAGGCGAAGUAAAAGUGUGCAAGACCUCUCUAAGAAUCAGCUUGAACGGACAAACACAUACCUCAAAAUAAAGAGAUUAUUAAAGUUUUCUAAGAAAGGAAGACCACAAGCUAAAGCAGAAGAUGAUGAGGAUGAAGGUUAUUCAUCUAAAACAUCAAGUGCUGAGACUAAAAAGGAACCUGAGAGCGACGGCGAAGAGAGUGGGCCAGAGAGGCUCGAACAGCAACGUAUGUAUUCAAGCAUGGUCGAUCUCUCUGAACUUCCAUCACAUUCUACAGAUUCUGGUGGUAUUGAAGAUGCUAAAGUAAUUGGUGAAAGUCUUACUAGUCGAGUUAAAUUUUCCUACACGCAUCAACCAACAAUUUUACAACUGCCAGAUCCAGAUGUGAAACUUACUCAUGACAAUUUAAGACUUGAAAAACGUAUUGAAAAUGAAGAUACUAGUUGGUCAUAUGCAAAACUAAAGCGCAAUAAGGAAUUAAAUCGGUGCUAUAAACCUGAUAUACUUCAACAACCAGAAGACAGUACUGUUUAUGAUAUAGAACACUUAAAGCCAGUAACGUUAGUGCUAAGGAAAAUCAGUAUUCAAAAUGCCGAUCAAAAUGUGCCGGCUAUUGUUCAGACAAGUAAUGUUGAAAAAAAUACCCGUGAGAAUGUUGUAAGUCCAUCACGCAAUAAUUCAGGUAUGGGUUCAGAUGUGGGAUCAAGAGUUGGUUCGGCUUUAUCAAGAGAUGGUUCUUUAUCUAGACAUGGAUCUGUUAAGUUUGGCGCUGGCACACCAAUGCCAAUAUUGGUGGGUUCACCUGCACCAGUUCCAGGGACCCCACGUAAUUUGUCUCCACAAAACAAUUUGAGUAGAUCUCCUAAUGGGAGAAAAAGUGUUGGAGGAAUUCAGCGUGUAAAUUCUGCAGUUUCCCAAAGGGAACUUAUGCACAAUUUACACAAAAGUAACUAUGUACGCGACGUUCGUGUAGUUAAUGAUAAUAAGCCAAAAGAACCCAUGUGGAACCAUCAAUAUUCCUAUAUCGAUCGCCAGACUAUUGACAGGCAGGCGACAAAUUAUUGCAUCGGUGAUUUACUGCCUGCUGUUGAUAAAAAUAUUUACACAAAUAACUCCACGAAAACUAAAUUCAGUAAAAUAGAAAAUGAAAGGAACAAUGAAGAGCUAACGACAACGGAACUUCUUGACAUGAAUAUUCAGUCAGCAGACGAUGGCUAUAUUCUGCUGAAGAAAGGCAUGGACUUGUUAACAGGAAGUGCUGAAAAGUUCCGUAACAAGAAAAAGACUUUGCCUACCCUCGGACCUCCACCUUUCCGACCUAACCAGACACGUCACCCCCUCAUGCGUAGUGUGACUGUCAUCAUUGACAACAAACAAGACUACGGCAGCAAAUACGUUCCAGUGCAAUCAGGACACAAAACAGUGAGAGUGCAUUCAGAUAAAGGACCAAGGUAUGUGGUUGAUGAAGAUAAAGAAACACAGAAGAAACUGAAGGAAGCGUUUAGUAAAUUCUAUAGAAACAGACCUAAAGAGAUAGGAAAGGAAUUUCGAAAAAUGGAAACAAUGUGGAAAACUUGAUGAUUCAACCAUGGCAUUAAUUCACAUUCCAUUACUGUCUGACAGCUUGUUUUAGACAAAAAAGUGCUUGAUCCAGGCUUUGAGGUUAUAAAACUAAGUUUGGGGCCAGUCUCAGAGGUCUUAUUAAUCAACAUAUGUUUUGGAAUACAGUCUCAGGUAGCAACUUGAUAUUGGUCUAUGUUUUAGGAAACCAGUCUAAGAAAGCAACCUUCCAUCUGGUCAGUGCUUCUGGAACCAUUCUAAGACAGUUCCAGAAAGAAAACUUACCAAUGGUCCAUGUUUUUAGGAACAAGUCCCAGGAAGCAACCUGCCCAUUAGUCCAUGAUUUAGAGACCAGGCUCAAAAAGCAACCUUCUAACUGAUCAAUGUUUUUAAAGACUAGUCCCAGAUAGCAAACUUGCCAUUGGUCAAAGCUUUGAAAGACUAUUUUAUACUGUCUAAGAAAGCAAAAUUGCCACUGGUUCAUGUAUAAAGACUGGUCCUUGAAAGCAACCUCCCAUUUUUCCAUGUUUCAGGGACUAUUCCCAGUUAGCAAACUUGCCACUGGUCAAAGCU